UGUUAGCACUUAAUUAUUGUUCUAAUCAACAAAUAUUUAUUGAAGCAUUCUAGGUCCUUCACAGUUUAUCUCAUUUCAUGCUCACACAAUCCUAUGAAAUACUAUUAUCCCCAUUUUGCAAAGAGGGAAAAGUUCUCAGAGAAAAGUUACACAACUAAUGAAUACUAAAACGGGGCUUCUACUGUGGAGUUCAAACCCACAGCUCUAAACCGUCAAAUCCAGGAGAAUAAAUGCUUCCUAAUUUUGUUAGUCAAAGCAGUCAUCCCCCAGAAGCCUCGCGAUAUUACUAGAACUACUACUCCCAACAUGCAAAGCGGUUUCUGUGAAGCCGCCUAAGCGGCAGAGGCCGGAGGGCCCCGGCGUGCCUCGAGGCGCGAAAGGCAACCUGGGGGUCGUAGUUCUCCUGGACGCCUACCGGUAUUGCCAGCGCGGCGGUGGCGGAUCGCUCGAUUCUAGCCAGUAGGUACUGUGAGGGCGAGCUGAGGCGGAGAAAGGGCGCGGAACUGGAAACGGGUGAGUCAGGCACUGUCUACGCGUUAAAGAGAGGCGGCACCGCGGCGUAGGGUUGAGUAAAGUUAGCGCGGCCCCCGCGCAUUCUCUUUAGGGACACCGCGGUCUUAGCGUCAGCGAGCAGAGGGUGAGGAGGCGCCAGAGCCCGGUCCUUGCACCCGUACUCGUCCUCAGCUCCCCGCCAGCAUCUCCACCAUGCAGUCCCGGGAAGAAGCUCCGCGCUCUCGCCGCCUCGCCAGUCCCCGCGGCGGAAGGCGGCCCAAGAGGCUUUCCAAGCCCUCGGUUUCGGCUUUUUUCACGGGCCCGGAGGAGCUGAAGGACACGGCCCAUUCCGCAGCCUUGCUGGCCCAGCUCAAGUCCUUCUACGACGCGCGGCUGCUCUGUGAUGUGACCAUCGAGGUGGUCACGCCUGGCAGCGGACCUGGCACGGGCCGCCUUUUUUCCUGCAACCGUAACGUACUGGCUGCCGCGUGUCCCUACUUCAAGAGCAUGUUCACUGGCGGCAUGUACGAGAGUCACCAGACGAACGUGACCAUGCACGAUGUGGAUGCCGAGUCCUUCGAGGUGCUGGUCGAUUACUGCUACACGGGUCGUGUGUCAUUAAGUGAGGCCAACGUGCAGCGCCUGUACGCCGCCUCCGACAUGCUGCAGCUCGAGUAUGUGCGUGAAGCCUGUGCCUCCUUCCUAGCCCGCCGCCUUGACCUGGCCAACUGCACGGCCAUCCUCAAGUUCGCCGACGCCUUCGACCAUCACAAGCUGCGAUCACAGGCCCAGUCGUUUAUAGCCCACAACUUCAAGCAGCUCAGUCGCAUGGGUUCGAUUCGGGAGGAGUCUCUGGCAGAUCUGACCCUGGCCCAACUGCUGGCCGUCCUGCGCCUGGACAGUCUAGACAUCGAGAGUGAACGGACCGUGUGCCACGUGGCGGUGCAGUGGUUGGAGGCGGCUCCCAAGGAGCGGGGUCCCAGCGCUGCAGAAGUCUUCAAGUGUGUCCGCUGGACACACUUCACCGAUGAAGAUCAGGAUUACCUGGAAGGACUGCUGACCAAGCCCAUUGUGAGGAAAUACUGUCUCGACCUUGUCGAAGGCGCCCGGCAGAUGCGAUAUGGUGACAUGUUGUACAAGUCUCUGGUGCCAAAGCCAGAGAGCAGCAGCGGCUGCAGCUCUGUUGUGUCCGUGGCAGAAAAUCCACCCCAGAGGCUGGGUAUGUGUGCCAAGGAGAUGGUGAUCUUCUUUGGACAUCCCAGAGAUCCCUUUCUGUGCUAUGACCCAUACUCUGGGGACAUUUACACAAUGCCAUCACCUUUGACCAGCUUGGCUCACACUAAGACUGUCACCUCCUCAGCUGUCUGUGUCUCUCCGGACCAUGACAUCUAUCUGGCCGCCCAGCCCAGGAAAGACCUCUGGGUGUAUAAACCAGCCCAGAAUAGUUGGCAGCAACUUGCUGACCGCCUGCUCUGCCGUGAGGGCAUGGAUGUGGCAUACCUCAAUGGCUACAUUUACAUUUUGGGUGGGCGAGACCCUAUUACUGGAGUUAAAUUAAAGGAAGUGGAAUGCUACAGUGUCCAGAGGAACCAGUGGGCCUUAGUGGCUCCUGUACCACAUUCCUUCUAUUCCUUUGAACUAAUAGUGGUUCAGAACUAUCUUUAUGCUGUGAACAGUAAGCGCAUGCUCUGCUAUGAUCCUAGCCAUAACAUGUGGCUGAACUGUGCUUCUCUCAAACGCAGUGACUUUCAGGAAGCCUGUGUCUUCAAUGAUGAGAUCUAUUGUAUCUGUGACAUCCCAGUCAUGAAGGUGUAUAACCCAGCCAGGGGAGAGUGGAGGCGGAUUAGUAAUAUUCCCCUGGACUCUGAGACCCACAACUAUCAGAUUGUCAAUCAUGGCCAAAAGUUGCUCCUCAUCACUUCUACAACCCCACAGUGGAAGAAAAACCGGGUGACUGUGUAUGAAUAUGACACUAGGGAAGACCAGUGGAUUAAUAUAGGUACCAUGUUAGGUCUUUUGCAGUUUGACUCUGGGUUUAUUUGCCUCUGUGCUCGUGUUUAUCCUUCCUGCCUUGAACCUGGUCAGAGUUUCAUCACUGAGGAAGAUGAUGCACGGAGUGAGUCUAGUACUGAAUGGGACUUAGAUGGAUUCAGUGAACUGGACUCUGAGUCAGGAAGUUCAAGUUCUUUUUCUGAUGAUGAAGUUUGGGUACAGGUAGCACCGCAACGAAAUGCACAGAAUCAGCAGGGUUCUUUGUAAAUAUUUUGAAAUACUAAGAUGUUUCUACUGCUAUGGAAUAUAUCUUAAAAAGAUGUCCUUUUCUUUUCCUGAAAAAAAAAAAAAAAUUGAUUAGGGCUGCAGAUUUGGUUUAGAAAGGGUAAUGUUUGAAUUGCUAAUGUAAUGUUACAAAGUUUAAACAGUCCAUGAAAUCAACUAUAUAAUAAUUUACUGUGCAGAAAGUCGAGAUUAAAGUAUGCAAAACAAUGAACCAUAUAAUUGAUUAGAAUGCUUGGUGGUUUUCUUCUUUGUUCAAGUAUUUGUUGCACCAGUGAAUCGUUUUGAUUAGUUACACUGUUUAUAUUUUGAUUAUCUAAUUUAGUCUUGUUAGUUUUAAAAUUCUAUUUAGUGUUGUGAGGAAGUUAGCUUUUUAAUUUUUAUAUAGAAAAUUGGACUAGAAAUUGUUGGUAGGGUUUUGAAGGUUUAUAUCUUCCUUCAGAAUAAUGAAAGUAGUAGAUUUCCCAAAUUUUCAAAGAGUCAGUUUUUAGGAUUCUAAGUUAAUACAGUUUGUUAAAAUUUGGUUUGGUGUUCUUCUCUUCUGCAAAGAAAAAAAUUUGGACAUAUAUAUUAAGGUUAUUAAAGAGUGAUUUCAUUUUGAUAAUGUGCAGAAUGGUCUUAAGCACUCAGAGAAGGUAAAAAAAUCAGGAUUCCACUGUUUUAAAAGAAAUUUCAUUUUUAUUUUUGGAAUAUAAAAUGUGUAUUUGCUAAAUAUGACCAUUUUUGUGUCUUAAAAAAGAUCCAGGGCUUCCCUGGUGGCGCAGUGGUUGAGAGUGCGCCUGCCGAUGCAGGGGACACGGGUUCGUGCCCCGGUCCGGGAAGAUCCCACAUGCCGCGGAGCGGCUGGGCCCGUGAGCCAUGGCCACUGAGCCUGCGCGUCCGG